UACAAUGCGCAGUGUCUCCUAAUUUAUUGGAAACUGUGAGCUUCAGUCAUGGCUUUGCUUACAGUGACUUCAAGACUAAAACCAAUUGAGAAUAGAAAAGGGGUGUUGAAAUAUCAGCUUCCGCCUGUGUUUAAGGAGUUUGUAGUUGGGUGUGUGAGAGAUUUAAGUAUUGAUGAUCGAGCUGCGUUUUGGUUUUGGUGCUUUGGUGAUGUUCCGGUGUCGAAGUUGGAUGUGAACCUCGAAAGUGAUCACGACAUUUUCAAGUUGUUUGUGGUUCUUGUUCAGGAGAGUACACUGUCAGCUAAGGAUGUAUCGUUUUUGGAACGGAUUCUAUCUACGAUAGGUCGAAAGGAUUUGCUUCAGAGGCUUAAGCAGGUUGAGUUACGUAUGUUUAUCGGUAACAUAGUCGAAGGUUACGUCAGGUUGCGAGCUUUUGCUCACCAAGAUGGCGGUGCAUUGGAAAGUGCUAGCUGUUCGGAUACGCCUAUUGAUCUCUUAGUGGAAACUAAAACACGGAAUAUGGGUUUGAUUGAGGAAAUUUUGGAUCAGUUCAGCGAGGUUGUUGUUGAUGGUGACUUUCUGCAGAUUUGUAACGAAAUUAUUCGUUCUCAUCUAUCUUGGUCUGGCUUUGUGGCUUACUUAGUGAUCAUUGGUGAAUUGUAUAGUCUUCAUUCUGUUGAUGUGGCGGUAUCGGAGGGGUAUUACGUUUGCGCCCUCAGUGGAACGAAAACAAGUCAGUUGCUAGCCGAAUGGAUUUCAGAAAAUGGUGGAACU